AUGGCAGCUUCUCAGCCGUCAACCGGCACCCCUAGAAGUUUCCCCAAUGCUGUUGCUCCCGAGCGAGCUCCUGGGAGCACGGUAUCCCUUACUAGUGCUCCGACCUCGGAUCUCAAAAAUGCAGAUGCCAUGACGGGCCUAGUCGGUGAUCACACUGCCAACGUGGAGUACUUUGGAAGUAGCAGCGCCAUCUCCUUCAUGCGUCAGAUCAACUCUGCCAUUGACACGUUGUUAGGGAGGUCACAGGUGGCGGCGCCCUCUGGAAACGGUGUCGCGCAGUACUCUCAAACAAGUAUUGAGGCGGUCCCCAUCGAUGGGGGUGUCGUCGACCCCAUGACUUGUACUCUACCCUCAAGGGCCUUUGCCGAUGGCCUCAUACAGGACUAUUACAGACUUGUAUGGGUGAUCUUACCUAUUCACGACUGGCUCGUCUUUGAGAAGGGCUAUCGAGCUAUCUGGCUUGGCAAACCGUUACCCUUACCGGAGAAAGAGCUGUACUACAUGGUCAAUCUUGCUUUUGCACUGGGUAGCCAAUUUUCCGAGAAGGUGUCACCAGGUAAGAGGAACGAGCUCGGCCAGACCUUUUGGAAGAGGGCUCAAGCUUUGUACGAUCCACGCCUACAGCCCACUGCUACCCUCGGGGGUGUCCAGUGUCUAUUGAUGAUGGGGCUGUUCCUUCAGGGCACAUCUGAGUCCCACCAAUGUUGGAUGGCCAUUGGUUCAGCUGUUCGGAUGGCUCAAAGUCUCGGUCUACACAUGGCUUCUACUGUUAGCGACGAAAGUUUCCGCGAGCUUGAGAUUUCUCGUAGAGUGUGGCAUGGAUGCGUUUCUAUGGAUCGUAUCUUAUCCAUGACAUUUGGGCGGCCAAGCAUGAUCGCAAAAUGGAUGUCACUGGCCGUUCCACUUCCACGGAUGAUAGACGAUGAUUAUCUUGACACGGAGACCACAUCUAGCUCGACUCGCCCUGACGGAGAGGCUACGAAGGUAAGCUUUUUCAUAGAAUCAACCACUCUCUACGAGAUUGUGAACGAUUCUCUUCUUGAAAUAUACAUGAACCCAGAGAACAAGUCGACUGAAGAUGAUGUGAAACUUUUGACGGUCGUGCAUCAUGAUAGUAGGCUUUCAAAGUGGCUUUCGUCCGUACCGGAGAAUUUGCUCUACUCAGUUUCGAGUUCAGCUGAAGAUUUCAUCUUGCAGAGGCAGCGUAUUGUGCUUCGCGCUCGAUAUCUUCAUGCCCGGAUCCUGCUUCUGCGUCCUAUUGUUGCCGAAUACCAUCUUAAGCAGCCUAAACCGGGUCAGGCUGAAAUUUUGGGAUUCAAAGAUAGAACUUUAUCGCAAGGCAUCGUGGACGAAUGCUUAACUCAGUGUUUCGGAGCUGCUCACGAAACGAUUGAUAUGAUAUACACGCAUCUCGACCGCGAGACCGUGAUGGGGCCUACACCGGCGUGGUGGUUUUCCGUAUUAUUUGUGUAUCAAGCUGCCACGGUUCUGCUUGCGCAACGCCUCGGGCCUUCAGAACCUCGGACGUUUGUCUCCAGUCUGGCCGACCCAAGUGCCGCAUGGGACAAAGCCAUGCAACUUUUGAAAGCGUACUCACAAGUCGGAGAGUCCGCAAGACGAUGCAUAGCUGCAUUGGAGAUUCUAUCAGCGAAAUUUCAGCAUCAUGCAAGCCAGAACCCAGCACAGUACGCGUCAACUAGGAUUGGUGAAACAACCUCGAACACCACGCAGGAGUCUCGCGGGCAGUACGGAGUAUUUGGAGAUCUGGGUGGAGACCUGGAUUUGAGCGGCGUCGACCUAAAUGAUAUUCAAUUAAAUGUUGACGACAUGAUGUGGCUGAACACGUCAGCCGGCGAUGUUAUAUUUUGA